GAGGAGAGAAACAUUGGGACACUGAGAAGAGGGUCAUCAGGGCAUUCCCCCUGCAGGGUCUGUUGCCCGCUUGAGCCGUUAGAAAAUCACGGUGACUACCCGCGUUUAUGGGUUCUGUUCUCGACACGGUCCUGGUGCUCGUCUUUCAGAUCGGGCCGGAGCCUCAACAGAAAGCUCCCUCUGCUCCUCCCCCACCCCCGCCUCCUCCGCCCCCGCCUCUCCCUGAACCAAGGCCACCGGAACCUGAAGAGGAGAUUUUGGGAUCCGACGAUGAAGAGCAAGAAGACCCUGCGGAUUAUUGCAAAGGUGGUUACCACCCAGUGAAAAUCGGAGACCUUUUCAAUGGCCGAUACCAUGUCAUUCGAAAGCUGGGGUGGGGACACUUCUCUACGGUCUGGCUUUGCUGGGACAUGCAGGGAAAGAGAUUUGUCGCGAUGAAAGUUGUGAAAAGUGCCCAGCAUUAUACAGAGACAGCCUUGGAUGAAAUCAAGCUACUCAAAUGUGUUCGGGAAAGCGACACCAGCGAUCCCAACAAAGACAUGGUGGUGCAGCUCAUUGAUGACUUCAAGAUUUCAGGAAUGAACGGGAUUCAUGUUUGCAUGGUUUUUGAAGUUCUUGGCCAUCACCUCCUCAAGUGGAUAAUCAAGUCAGACUACCAGGGGCUUCCCAUCCAUUGUGUGAAGAGUAUCAUUCGACAGGUCCUGCAGGGUUUAGAUUAUCUGCACAGCAAAUGCAAGAUCAUCCAUACGGAUAUCAAGCCAGAGAACAUCUUGAUGUGCGUGGACGACGCCUAUGUGCGCAGAAUGGCGGCCGAGGCCACGGAGUGGCAGAAAGCCGGGGCUCCUCCCCCUUCGGGUUCAGCAGUGAGUACUGCUCCCCAGCAGAAGCCUGUAGGGAAGAUCUCCAAAAACAAGAAGAAGAAGCUGAAAAAGAAGCAGAAGAGGCAGGCCGAGCUGCUAGAGAAGCGCCUGCAGGAAAUCGAGGAACUGGAGCGCGAGGCGGAGAAGAAAAAGGUUGAGGAAAACGAAGCAGCCCCCGAGCCCUCCAACGAGCAGGAGGAGGCGGCGACAGACUGCCCGGGACCCAAGCUGAAAGCGGCUGGGCUGGAGGAGCACACGGACCAGGAGCCCACCAAUGACCAAGGCGAAGCCGAGGACCAAGAGGAGAAAGAAGACACGGAGAAGGAAAACACCGAAAAAGAUGAGGACGACGAUGUGGACCAAGAACUCGCCGUCACCGACCCGACGUGGUUGGAGUCCCCCAAGACCAACGGCCAUCUGGACAAUGGCCAGUUUUUGUUGGAGCAGCAGAUCGAAGAUGAGGAAGACGAGGAGGAGGAGGAGAGCCCCAACCCUGACGACUACAACCUAGACGAGGCCAACGCCGAAAGCGACUACACGUACAGUAGCUCCUACGAACAGUUUAAUGGGGAAUUGCCGAACGGACAGCAUAAAUCGCCCGAGUCCGAGUUCCCGGAGUUUCCCACCUCACUGUUCUCUGGGGCCCUGGAGUCGGUGGCUUGCGGCUCUGCCGUCUCGGAGGGAUCGACGCUGACAGAACGGGAGGAGAGUAGCCCGUCCCACGACAGGAGCAGAACCGUCUCGGCCUCCAGCACCGUGGAUUUGCCCAAAACAAAGACCCGCGCCGCGGACUUGUUGGUGAACCCCUUGGACCCGCGGAACGCCGACAAGAUCCGGGUGAAAAUCGCCGACCUGGGGAACGCCUGCUGGGUGCACAAGCAUUUCACAGAGGACAUACAGACCCGCCAGUAUCGUUCCAUAGAAGUGUUAAUAGGAGCAGGGUACAGUACGCCCGCCGACAUCUGGAGCACAGCGUGCAUGGCAUUCGAACUCGCAACUGGAGAUUACCUGUUCGAGCCUCAUUCUGGCGAAGACUACUCCAGAGAUGAAGACCACAUAGCCCACAUCAUUGAGCUGCUAGGCAGUAUACCAAGGCACUUUGCUCUGUCUGGGAAGUAUUCUCGAGAAUUCUUCAACCGCAGAGAUCACAUAGCAUUGAUCAUUGAACUGCUGGGGAAAAUCCCUCGAAAAUACGCUAUGUUGGGGAAAUAUUCCAAGGAGUUUUUCACCAAAAAAGGAGAACUGCGACACAUCACGAAGCUGAAGCCAUGGAGCCUCUUUGAUGUUCUCGUGGAGAAGUAUGGCUGGCCCCACGAGGACGCCGCCCAGUUUACAGAUUUCCUGAUCCCGAUGCUAGAAAUGGUUCCUGAGAAGCGGGCCUCGGCUGGAGAAUGCCUUAGGCACCCGUGGUUGAAUUCUUAGCAAAAUUUCCAAAUAUAACAUUCUGAGCUAGCAGAUACUUUGCAGUGCAUCGGACCUAAGUGGUGACUGUCUCAAAUUCUUUAACGGGAUUUCCGAGUGAGCUGGCUUCAUCCUCAGACCUUUAUUUUGCUUGGAGGUACUGUUGUUUGACAAUUUGCUUUUUUGUGCACUGUGGUCUUGGGGAAAGGUAGUCUUUGUCUUCAGCUAGUAGUUUACCGAUCCACUCUUUUCUGGAAGCAAGCCGUUAUUAACUUGUCUCGGAGCCUUGUUUCUCUGUGUCGUGUGGCAUUCCGAUGUCGAUUUUUUGGAACGGAAAGUCCUCUCCCUCCUCCCCACGUGUUUUGGCAGGUUUUGUAACUAUUUAUGAAGAACUAUUUUAGCUGAGUAUUCUAAUUUACAAGCUUAAGAAAUGACCAAGAUGGAACUCAGAAACUCGACUAUUUUAUCUUCUGACCAAGGGUCGUCGGUCUUGUACUAUAGUAUAUGUAAAUGCGCCCUGUAAAUGUUUUAUUUCCAUUAAAUAUGGGAUGGGGGACUCAAAUUUCAGAGUAAAGCUACACAGUUUUGAGAACUUCGUAGCAAAGCAAUUGCAUGUAGCCAACCUCAGUUGCUUUCGAUUUAAAGAGUUGUGCACUUUCCAUGGGAUUUCGAAUUGGCUGUGGUUUACAAGAUUUCAUUCCCCAAAUGGCACUUUAAAGGACAGCAAGACUUGUUUCGCGUUCUCCGAGAUGCAUUCCAGUUCAGUGCUCCAUUGACAGUAUCUGCCUAGUUUUCAAACGGGCUUUGAAGAAAGAAUAGUAGCGUCCCCUUUCAGUGCCAGAGUGGAGAUUUGGCACCUAGUGGCUUCACCCUUACCAAACGCCGUAGACCAUACGGUCAGAUGCAUUUUAACGUACCUCAGGAGACCCUUGAUUUGUUUUUCUUAAUCUGAAAAUCCAUCACCCGGGGACUAAGAGCAGAAACAAAUUGCAGAUACGCUUUUUAAAACACCCUCACGAAACCCAGGCCCUGUUAGGACGAAAGACGUCACCGGAGAUUGAGCAAAGAAAACCUUUUUCUGAGUGCCGACUGCAUCGAGUGGCUUCGAAAGCCAGGGGUGCGAGUCAAGAAGGUUAGUGGUGCGUGACGUACAGCGCGUGGGCGGACGAACCCCUCGAAGUCUGAAAGGUUAAAAAGGAAAACACAGUUCAUUCCACGUGUAGUUUUUACGUAUCUCUAAACUAAAUUGCACUAGCUCUUUUGUCUUUCCAUGAAUUGACAUCUAGAAAAAUUUUCCCAUUGCAAGUUGCACAAAGUUACGUUUACGUGUUUCCUCAAAAUAAUAUAAUUCAAGACACAACCAUAGCAGGCAAUACAGAUUUUAGAAUGUAAUAUAUGGAGGUAUCUCUUGUGCCUCUUUUAGAAGUCAGUGGGAUGAAUGUAAGUCUUUUCCAGUUUUACACAUUAAUUAAUUCCGGUGCCACUUUUUCUUGACUUUGUCCUUUAAAAAUUAUUCACAUGCCUUUGCAAUAAUUAGAUUGUGAGAAAAAAACCCAUGUGAUGUAACAAUAACCUAUUGUUUGAGGUGCUUGCAGUUGUCUAAUUAAAGUGUUUUGUUUUUUUCA